AUGAGUCCCAAAGGUCCCUAUCGUCUCAUGACUGUCAAUACAGCACCAGAUCGAGCCAAACGUGUCAUUGGUGCCAUGGUCGAGAACCUCAAAGACACCUACACAAUUGAUUAUGUCGUCAACUCUGAACGAAUUGAAGAUGUGCGCGCUCUAAUCGAGGAAUACCGUCCUGAUGUCUUGUUUACCGCUUCUAUGUGGACGGAAGAGCAGAGCAAGGAGGUAGAGCAAACCGCAAGAACAAUUGUUCCUGGUAUUAAGUUUCAUGCGAUCCCAUACGGUCUUCAAGUGGCCAAGGGUCCCGAAGCCAUUGUUGAAUAUCUCACUGAGAAAGUGCCAACACUAUUGGAAAGUUGA